AUGUUUUCCCUUCUAGUUAAUAUUCCUGCUGAUGCUAAAUGGACACAGAACGGAGUGACUAUUGCUGGAGGUAACGGGGCUGGAAGUGCCUCUAAUCAACUCAACUUGCCUUUUGGUCUCUUCGUUGAUGAUGAGCAAACAGUGGUUAUUGCUGACUACGUGAAUAAUCGUAUCAUGGAAUGGAAGAACGGUGAUACAACGAAUGGACAAGUUGUUGCUGGUGAUAAAGGCGCAGGAAAAGGAUUAAAUCAAUUGAAUCGUCCAACUGAUGUAUUAAUUGACAAAGAGACUGAUAGUCUCAUUACUUGUGACCCAGGGAAUCGACGAGUUGUACGAUCGUCUCGUCGUAGUGGUACAACACACGGUGAAAUACUCAUCGACAACAUCGCCUGUUGGGGAUUAGCAAUGGAUGAACAGAGAUAUCUCUACGUCUCUGACUUCGAAAAAGAGGAAGUAAGACGAUAUACAUUCGGUGAUAACCGUGGCACUCUCGUAGCUGGUGGUAAUGGUAAAGGUGAUGGACUCAAUCAGCUCUACUUGCCGACAUUUGUCUUUGUCGAUCGACAACAAAAUGUCUACGUAUCAGACUUCUUCAAUAAUCGUGUAAUGAAAUGGGUGGAAGGUGCAAAAGAAGGUAUUGUGGUCGCUGGAGGACAAGGCGCAGGGAGUGCUCUGACACAAUUGUCUUCUCCUCUCGAAGUCUUCGUUGAUACGUUGGGGAGACUCUAUGUAGUAGACCAAGGGAAUCAGCGUGUAAUACGUUGGGCUCAAGGAGACAAGAAACAAGGCACUGUAAUUGUGGGUGGAAAUGGUUGGGGAGCAGGAGCAAAUCAGUUGAGCGGUCCCAUUGGUUUGUCUUUCGAUCGACAUGGUAAUCUCUAUGUCGCCGAUACAUUUAAUAGUCGUGUUCAACGAUUUUCUAUCGAAAAAGACUGCUGA